AUGACGGGAAGUAUGAAGGAUCCCAACGCCGAUGACGGACGGAGCGAGAUAUACCAACGCUGUCUUUGCAAAGGCAGAGGGGAUACGUACAAAGACAUCAUUUCGAGCGACGGAAAAGUCGAGAAAGACAAUGUGAUGCAGUGCUAUGAGUGUCUGGAGCAAGCUGGCGUCGAUAUUGAAGAUAUCAAUCAACCUAGCAGACAGCUUGAAUGGAAGAUACAUGGCUUCUGCAACACGGCAACUCCAAACCUCUACGACCUUCUCUUCUCAUUCCUAGUCUGGCUCAGGUCAACGAAUGUACCGGUCGACCACGACAAUGGAUUGGGCAGGGUAUCAGCCAUCUUGACGCUUUCCAGCCGCUUCGGGAGCACAAGUGGAAUGAACCAGGCUACUGGAAUUGUCAGCCUGCCUACAAGUGUGCCAGGGGGGUGGUCGCCAAGUACUCGUACAUCUGGAGACGCAAUACCAACGCAGUAUCUACAGCAGUUACCAAAGAACUGGCCUUACACAGCUUAUGGUGUAGCGAGAAAGGCUGAUCAAACUACCUCUUUCCCCUUGACGGAUCCCAGUUCGACGGGUGUAACGACGGCGUGGCUCUACUACAAGAUAGCUUGGAAUCCGCGACCACUAUUCACUCCGGCAAUAGCGGGGAACGGCAUGUACCAACCAGCGCUUCAAGACUGGGUGCCAUCUCUUUUAGAUGCAACAAGUCCCAUGUUGCCCACACUUACGUCCACAGUCAUACCCAUCACGCCUCUGAUAACGGCACCGACGUCCUUCAUCGUAGGGCAGCAGAGAAGACAAGGGCUCACAAUGGAUGAUAUAUGGAGUGAGAUAGAGAGGGUGAGAGAGAGGCAAUUCGACACGCAAAAUGAGGGAACCAAGAGUAUGUAG